GGAAAUCCAAUUGCUUCACAGAAGCAAAUUCUACAUCUCUUAUUAUAAUCUUUAGCACAUAUCAAUAGUUGAGAGAAAAAAAAAAUGGAGAGGAAAAUGAUGGGUGGGUCAUUCUUUUUGUGGAUGGCUGGGCAUGCCAUAUCAUGCGAUGAGGCCAGAGCCCCAUUGUUACGUUGCCAGCAAUUUUUGACUGGUGUUGCCGCCAUCGCCUUGUGCCCCUUGUUACUCGGACGUGAGUAAAUUGAAAGAAAAAGGUUGGACAACCCAAGCUCGUCGGGACAUUUGCCAAUGUUUAAAGGAUACCGUCAAGAUUUACCUCGAGAGAACAAAGCAGCUUCCUCAAUUAUGUGGUGUCGGUAGUUUCACGAUUCCUCUCGACCCCAACAUUGAUUGCAAUACGAUUCCAAUGUAAUGGAAUUGAACAGAGAAGAGGGAAAUGUUGCGACUGAAGUAGAACAUUGUCUGGAGCUGUAAUAACUAUAAAGGCGUCUUUGUUGUUAUAGAAUCAAUGAUCCUCGUCAUUUUUUUUAACCAGUGAGAUGGUAUUAGUCAAUUCUUGUAAAACAAUAAUAGGGUCAUCUUUUAUGUCAAAUCGUAGACUCGCGCCACUGAUAUAUUGAAUAAAAACUGCUAUUUUAG